AUGUUUACACUGAAAGUGCAAGUUAAUGAUAUAAUCAGCCAUCAGUAUCUACACCAAGCUGUUGUAGAAGUCUUUGUCAACUACACUAAAACAAAUUCUACUCUAACUGGAAAGAAUGGAGCGGUAUUGAUACAAGUUCCCUAUCAACUAGGUCUCAGUUUAACUAUUGCUUCUUAUAAAGAUGGUUAUAUGUUAACACCUUUACCUUGGAAAACUGGGAGAAUGCCAAUAUAUUCAUCUGUUACACUUUCAUUGUUCCCCCAAAGCCAGGCAAAUAUAUGGCUAUUUGAUGAUACAGUUUUAAUUACUGGGAAACUAUCUGAUGCCAAAUCUCAACCAAGUGUUCAGUUUCCAAAAUACUUAAUUAAACUUCCUGUGAACCACCAUAUCACUAAUGUAACAGCGUAUCUUACAGUGCCACAACAGUUUUUGAAAGUGGACCAUUUCCUCUAUACAACAGGAAUUCUUUUAAAUAAGUCAGGUAUCAAAAGUUUGAUGUAUAUUGUUA